CUCUCUUCUGAGAAAACGAAACUUAUCUGAGUCUCGGUUUUGUUUGUGUGAAAGUGAACAACCGUACAAAUGGCUCAGCAGGGAAUUCUGCUGGACCAGGAUCAGUUCUGUUGUUCUGUCUGUCUGGAUCUACUGAAGGAGCCAGUAGCUAUCCCCUGUGGACACAGUUACUGUAGGAGCUGUAUUGAGGGCUGCUGGGAUCAGGAUGAUCUGAAGGGGGUCUACAGCUGUCCUCAGUGCAGACAGACCUUCACUCCAAGGCCUGAUCUGAGAAAAAAUAACAUGUUGGCUGAAGUGGUGGAGAAACUGAAGAAGACAGGACUUCAGGCUGCUCCCCCUGAUCUGUGCUAUGCUGGACCUGGAGAUGUGGCAUGUGAUUUCUGCACUGGGACCAGAAAGCAGAAAGCCCUCAUGUCCUGUCUGGUGUGUCUGGUGUCUUCCUGCAAGACUCACCUCCAGCCUCACUAUAGUGUCCCUGCACUAAAGAAGCACAAGCUGGUCAAAGCCUCCACACAGCUACAGGAGAACAUCUGCUCCCGUCAUGACGAACUGCUGAAGAUUUACUGUCGUACCGAUCAGAAUUGUAUCUGUUAUCUGUGUAUGGUGGAUGAUCAUAAAGGCCAUGAUACAGUGUCAGCUGCAGCGGAGAGGACCGAGAAACAGAGUCAGCUGGGGAUGAGUCAGCAGAAGCUCCAGCAGAGAAUCCAGGAGAGAGAGAAGGAGCUGAAGGAGCUCCAACAUGCUGUGGAGUCUCUCAAGCACUCUGCACAGGCAACAGUGGAGGACAGUGAUAGGAUCUUUACUGAGCUGAUCCACUCCAUUGAGAGAAGGCGCUCUGAGGUGAAGGAGUUGAUCAGAGACCAGGAGAAGGCGCAAGUGAGUCAAGCUGAUGGACUCCUGGAGCAACUGGAGCAGGAGAUAGCUGAGCUGAGGAGGAGAAACGCUGAGCUGGAGCAGCUCUCACACACAGAGGAUCACAUCCAUUUCCUCCAGAGUUAUCAGUCUCUCUCCAGUCCCAGUGUCUCUUCAGACUUACCCAGCAUCGUUAUCCAUCCUCAGUACUUUGGAGAUGUGAAUAAGGCUGUUUCUGAUGUCAGAGAGAAACUAGAAGACGUUCUUAAAGGAGAAUGGACCAAGAUCUCCACCACAGUGAAUUCAGUGGAUGUUUUACUGCCUCCAGAGCCCAAGACUAAAGAACGUUUCUUACAAUACAGAGGAGGCAACAGAUGGCACACACACAGCAGAGUUGGGGACAGAUAUGCAGGGACAGACUGGCAGAGACAGGGAGUCUCAGAUUCCUGUCCGCUCAUACUGGAUCCAAACACAGCACAGAAAUACCUCUCUCUGUCUGAGGGAAACAGAAAGGUGACAGUUGUUAAGAAUGUUAGAGAUCCAAAUCCUGACCAUCCAGACAGAUUCACUGGUUGGUGGCAGGUCCUUUGUAGAGAGGGUCUGUCUGGACGCUGUUACUGGGAGGUGGAGUGUCAUCAUGGGACUGUUACAGCAGUCUCAUAUAAAGACAUAAGUAGAAUAGGGUUGAGUAAUGAUCCCAGAUUUGGAUACAAUGACAAGUCUUGGGGUUUAGAGUGCUCUAGUAAUGGUUAUAGUUUCAGACACAAUAAUAUUGAGACUAAAGUGUCAGGCCCUCAGUCCUCCAGAGUAGGAGUGUACCUGGAUCACAAGGCAGGUAUUGUGUCCUUUUACAGCGUCUCUGACACAAUGACCCCCCUCCACACAGUUGAAACCACGUUCACUAAACCCCUCUAUCCUGGGAUAUGGGUUAGGUGCAAAAAUUAUUCUGCUGAGCUGUGUGAACUACAGAUUUAUUUCGCCUCUAGAUUAAACUACAUAUUAGAAUGAUGUAAUUGCUCUUUUAGUCUGGUAUGUACAAUUAUUUUUGGAGUGAUUGAAUCUUUAAUUUAGUAUAGGUUUUAAUCACAUUCAUAUUGAUCUAUUCUCUCUUUGAUGAAGUCUAAACUAAACUACUGCUCCCACGAGAGGGCAGGCUGCUCCCACGGACAGUUGCCCCGCCCGGCAUGUGAGUCAAGGUGAUCAGAGGCAAUUAAGCACAGCUGACGGUACUAAUGAGCUAUUCUCUUUCCCAUUCAAGGGAGAGGAGGGAACCGGUAGAGAGGGGAGAAAGAAAAUAACGCGUAGUUCGCGGCGCACAUGGGAAGGGCUAAGAAGGGAACUAACUACCAAUUGGGAAAGGCCAUCACAGAUCCGGACCACCAGCCGAACGGAGCUCUCCACGGACUAAUCGUUUAGGUGGUGACACACCCGUGAUUUAUGUUAUAGUUUAAAGAUACUCUCUUUAUGUUCCUUGUUGUUGUAAAGAAGAAGAUUUGUGUUUUCCUUGGGAGAUCAUCCUUGAUUGUGUUGUAUUGUUUAAUAGGAAAGAAAUACCUCUGAGAACUUUGUUCAAUUAAGAAAACCUGCUCCUGACUCGUUUAUUCCACUUUUCCGCUUUAGAGCAACCUCAAAGGACCUGGUCCGCUCACAAUAAUAAAAAAUUGUUUGUUCAUUUCAA